AGCUUUUAGGGGCUAGGGUUAGGGUUAUGGUUUUAGGGUUUUUUGGGGGUGAGGGUUAGGGCUAUCGAUUACGGUAGCCUAACUCGACAAAGUAGCUCAACUCGUCGGAACACCUGCACGCCAUGUGAGAAAGUUAAUCUACGUGGCCGAGGGAUUCGCAAGUAAUAACAUUUACUGGGCGACUGGAGUACACCCUUUAUAAGCUGGCAAUUACGGAGGAGAUUCCCCAGAGAUAGUUUGUAUCCUGCUGGGACAAAGGGCACUUGUCAUAAUGGACGUCUAUGACAAUGAGGCGGAUGCAACCUAUUGUAAUGAACGAGGUUUAGACAACCCUGGGUUUGAAUUUCAGGAGAACGAACAGCCCCGCAGGAGCCGCGGCUGGCGCCCAGACCUCACGCACCUAAACAAACUAUCAAAACCAAUCUCCAAAGCCGAGAAUUUCCUAAAAUCACACACCCAAACCAUAAAGUAUGUGGUUCUGGGAUUAUUAGCCUGUGGCUACGUGGCGUAUUUCAUUGCUGCAUGCGUGCUGGACUUCAAUAGGGCCACAGCCUUAGUGGUCCUGACCAGUCUGGGAAUUGCCCUCCUGAUCUACAAUAUUGUGUGGAGGUAUAUGGGCCAGAGAAUAGGACAGUGCUUCUCACCAGCCGUGAGGUUAUUCAAGGCCAACCUGAGAUGGAUCAAGUGGGUCUUCAUCGUGGUGAUCCUGGUCCUGCUGCUCACCUGGCUCGUUUUGGACAUGUCCAGACACGCGGAGCAGUUAAUCUCCUUUGCGGGCGUUUGGGUUUUUGUCCUUUUGCUGCUUAUCUGUUCGACUCAUCCUCGAGCGGUGUCAUGGCGAGCUGUCUUCUGGGGCUUAGGUCUGCAAUUCGCCAUGGGCCUCUUCAUCAUACGGACCAAACCGGGCCUGGUAGCGUCCCAGUGGCUGGGAGACCAAGUACAGAUAUUCCUGGACUACACCAAAGCUGGAUCUGCCUUUGUGUUCGGGGAAAAUCUGAUCAAUGAGGCCUUUGCGUUUCAGGCCUUGCCCAUCGUUGUGUUCUUCAGCAGCGUAAUGUCGGUCCUCUACUACCUUGGCAUCAUGCAGUGGAUCAUUGCUAAGAUUGCCUGGGUCAUGCAGAUCACCAUGGGAACCUCCGCCGCCGAGACCCUGUGUGUGGCGGGGAACAUAUUUGUUGGCCAGACUGAGGCUCCCUUGCUGAUCCGCCCUUAUUUACCACUAAUGACCAAGUCCGAGAUCCACGCGGUUAUGACUGGAGGCUUCGCCACGAUUGCGGGCAGCGUGAUGGGCGCCUUCAUCUCAUUCGGGAUCGAUGCCUCUUCCCUGAUCUCCGCUUCCGUCAUGGCUGCUCCAUGCGCUCUGGCUCUCGCCAAGCUGUCCUAUCCUGAAACCCAGGAGAGUAGCUUCAAGACCAUGGAGAAGAUCAAGGUGGACGCUGGCGGUGAACAGAACAUCCUGGAGGCUGCAAGCAGCGGAGCCUCGGCUUCCAUAGGGCUCGUCGCUAACAUUGCCGUUAACCUGAUUGCUUUCAUUGCUAUACUGGAGUUCAUCAAUGCUACCCUUAGGUGGCUGGGAAGCAUGGUGGGCUAUCCUGAGAUAACCUUUGAGAUGAUCUGCUCCUACGUCUUCAUGCCCGUGGCCUUUAUGAUGGGCAUCCCCUAUGCUGAGGCCUUUGUUGCUGCUGAACUCAUUGGCACCAAGCUGUUUCUCAACGAGUUUGUUGCCUACAAGAAGCUGUCCGAGCUGAAAAACAACAGGCUGAAUGACACGGGGUCAGGAGGUCAGCUCCUAUCGCUCAGGUCGGAGACCAUCUGCACAUAUGCGCUCUGCGGAUUUGCCAACUUUAGCUCCCUGGGAAUCAUGAUUGGAGGCUUAUCCUCCAUCUGCCCGUCCAAAAGGAGUGUCAUCUCCCAAGCGGUACUGAGGGCCCUGCUGACGGGGACAUGCGUGUCCCUGGUGAAUGCGUGCCUCGCAGGCAUGUUGUACAAUAGUCUUGACUGCAUAGACGUGUUCAGGAAGGUGACCUUUAACAGCACCUCUUCUGACGUCGAACAAUGCUGCACGGACAUUUUGGGCAGUGCCCUAAGCAACGGGACGGCCGUGGACUUCACUGGAUCUUGGAGCGGGGUGAAGAAUGCAACCUUGUAUUUCACCAGCUGCUGCAACCUGUACAACAUCACCAAGUGCUUCUGAGGAUGCCUUCCUGGGACUUCAGUGUCACUGCAGGGGGCGCCUUCAGUACCAGCCAUUCUCCUCACUGUCGGUACCAACCUACAUGGGGUCUCCCUGCCAGAGCAGGGGUUUUUUUAAUCACCACCAUUGCAUUUCCUUCAUUAAAUGCAUUUCUGUAGAAGCACACUUGCUGGAACAAUGUAAUGCGAUCAUGUGUGACAUUGCAAGUAUUUUAAUUGCAGACUUGUAGACUUUUGCCACUGUGACCUCUGGCUUACUCACUGCGGGCUUUGGGUGCGGAUGCUGUAAAGGGCUUCAGACGAUGUAAUGUGAAAAUGCACUAUACAGAAAUACAUUUGUUGCUGCUGUCGUUGACUAAAUUUUUGGCUGCUGGAGUCUGCCAAUCAGGGACACUGAAGAUUCACGAAUGACACCAUCACGUCUUCACUUGGUGUCUUCUGGAGAGAUUUUGGCUUAAACAAUGACAUUAACAUAUAUUAUUGUUUUAUAUAGGCUUUGAUUCACAGAACAUCUUAUCAUUGCAGACAGCUAUGAAAGUGUCGGAAGUAAGCUUGUAUUAACUCAGUAUUUACUAAUCAGACAUUUUAAGUGGGAUAUGAUGUCACUUUUCAUAAAAAUUGUACUAUACCUUUGUUUUUAUUUAACAGUGGC